UUUUUACGCAUUAAGAUUCGAUUGUACCAAGGAUUCGGAUCGGUGUUUUCGUUUUCUGGUUGAGAUGACGUUGUAACGUUACGGAUACAUUUAUCCAAAUUGUUUGUUCUUCCUUAUCUUAUCGUAGAUCUGACUCAUUUGCCAAAUUAUGAAAUCUAAAUAAAAGGGUAAUUGUUGAUUUUAUGAAAUACGAGGAAAGGAGGAAAUUUCAGAGACCUUAUUCAAAUAUCAAGACCCGUUUUAUUCUCAUUUUACUAUAAAAACUACAAUACAAGCAGGGAAAAACCUAAGCAAUGGAGGACUAUUCUCUUCCACAUGAUUCUUUUUUCCUUGGAUUUGACAGCUCUACUCAGUCCUUAAAGGCUACUGUGUUGGACUUCAGUCUCAACGUUGUUACUUCAGAGCUAGUUCAUUUUGACUCUGAUUUGCCGCACUACAAGACCAAAGGUGGAGUUUAUAGAGAUCCUUCAGUUAAUGGAAGGAUUGUUUCACCCACCUUGAUGUGGGUGGAAGCUUUGGAUCUCAUUCUUCAAAAAUUCUCAAAAUCAAAAUUAGAUUUCUCAAAAAUUGCUGCUGUUUCUGGUAGUGGACAGCAGCAUGGUAGUGUUUAUUGGAAGAACGGUAGUUCUGCAGUUGUAUCCUCCCUGGAUCCAACGAAGCCAUUGGUUGAUCAGUUUGGCAGUGCGUUUUCAAUUAAUGAAUCUCCUGUAUGGAUGGAUAGCAGCACCACCAUUCAAUGUAGGGAGAUAGAGAGGGCUGUUGGUGGUGCAUUGGAGUUGUCUAAACUUACAGGGUCACGUGCUCAUGAAAGAUACACUGGACCCCAGAUUAAGAAGAUAUUUGAAACGCAGAAGGAAGUUUAUGAGAAUACUGAGAGGAUUUCCCUAGUGAGCUCUUUUAUGGCAUCCCUCCUGAUUGGGGCUUAUGCUUGUAUUGACGAAACUGAUGGUGCUGGGAUGAACUUGAUGGAUAUCAAGCAAAGAAAAUGGUCUACAAUAGCUUUAGAGGCUACAGCACCAGAUCUGGAUAAAAAACUUGGAAAGAUAGCCCCAGCCCAUGCUGUUGCAGGUCGUAUUGCUCCCUACUUUGUGGAAAGGUAUCAUUUCAAUGAGAAUUGUUUAGUUGUUCAGUGGUCAGGAGACAACCCUAACAGUUUAGCAGGUUUGACGCUAAGCACUCCUGGAGAUCUGGCUAUUAGUCUUGGCACCAGUGACACUGUAUUUGGGAUCACCGAUGAUCCCCAACCUAGAUUAGAGGGUCAUGUUUUUCCUAAUCCUGUGGACACAAAAGGCUAUAUGGUAAUGUUGGUUUAUAAAAAUGCUUCUCUGACUCGUGAAGAUGUGCGUAACCGCUGCACAGAGAAGUCUUGGGAAGUUUUUGAUAAAUUUCUGGAUCAAACACUGCCUCUAAAUGGUGGCAAGAUGGGUUUCUACUACACAGAGCACGAAAUUCUUCCUCCUCUACCAGUUGGUUUCCAUCGCUACAUUCUGGAAAAUUUCACUGGAGAAACUCUGGAUGGCUUGAAAGAGGUUGAAGUUGAGGAAUUUGAGCCUCCUUCUGAGGUCCGGGCUUUGAUUGAGGGCCAAUUUCUCUCAAUGCGAGCUCAUGCAGAGAGAUUUGGGAUGCCAUCUCCUCCAAAAAGAAUCAUAGCUACUGGUGGAGGAUCAGCAAAUAAAAGUAUUCUGAACUGUAUAGCAUCAAUAUUUGGCUGUGAUGUGUAUACAGUGCAGAGAACUGAUUCAGCUUCCCUGGGAGCUGCAUUGAGGGCUGCUCAUGGUUAUCUGUGCAGCAAAAAGGGAAGUUUUGUACCAAUCUCCAGCAUGUACAAGGACAAUUUGGAGAAGACAUCUCUCAAUUGCAAGCUUUCUGUGGCUGCUGGAGACCAGAAACUUGUUUCAAAGUACGCCAUGAUGGUGAAGAAAAGAAUGGAGAUAGAGAAUCGCCUUGUAGAAAAACUGGGCCGCAUUAAAGGAUGAUGGAGCUAGUCCAGCUCUGGCCAAGAACUGUAAGUCAAAAAUUUCUGUGAAUGAAAAGUACUGUAAUAACAGGAUUAUAUUUCGUAAAUAAAAGUUGGUCUUUUCCCAUCUCUUUUUCACCAUUUCACCAAGAUUUAUGUAACUUUUCAUUUUAUUAAGAGUGUCACUAGAAGAAGAGAAAUGGUGAAAAGGAGAAGGAAAAAGACUAAUUUUUAUAUUUUUUAAAAUUUUGGUAAAUUAAAAUAAUUUUUAAUUUUUUAUA